AUGAUUGGCCCGGCAUUAACACAGGAAGUUGCUCUUCAUCUGGAGUCCUCGCCACAGGAUGAUAGUCCGUCCUUUUCGGUUGUCAUUCCUGUAAAGAGAGGUUUUAAGAAGCCACCUACGGUAGGAUGUGUGCUUCCGUACCUGGCCAAGGCUGCUGCGUUACUUGCUUGCGUCUCCUUGACUUACUUGCUCCUAUCUUGCGGUAUUGCAAUUCGUCGGGCUUCAUGGAGGCCUUCACGACUACUUUCGUCUGAUUUAGAUGAAGCAUGUGCAGGAUCGGAGGGAGGCAGUGACACAGAGGAAGGAGAAACUACCGCACCUCCAGCUCCGGUCAUAGGUACAAACUCAGGCGAAGGGACACCACAAAGUGAUGAACCAUUGUACAUGACAAUGAGGAGCCUACAACUUGGAGAUUCGGGUCCUCCUGAGCAGGAAGAGGAUGUUUACGUGGAAAUGGCAAGCUUCUUACCUCAGGUAGCAGGAAGUGCUCGACAAGAGGAGGAAGAGGAUAUUUACGUGGAUAUGGGAGGUUCUGCACCUCAAGGGGGGGAAAGUUCUCAACGUUCUCAACAAGCAAAUCAAGAUGAUGAACCGAUAUACGAGAAUAUGGAUUUUUUCCGUUCGCGACUAGAAAGCUCUGGAACCCGAAGCGCGUCCCGUACUAACACCAGCCCGCCGAGUGGAGUCGACCCAUCUAUUAUAGAAACUAUAACGCGAGCUACCUCGAAUUGGCCGAUGUUUCUCGGUACUGCAGGGGAAGAAGAACAAAUGGAACACAAGGAGAUUCCAACUGUUCCGUCCUCAUGGCCACCUGCCCAGAAGCCACCCAAGGGAAAGCGCAAACCUCCUCAGACGAACCCACGACGAGGCUUUGUUUGGGGAGCUGAUUUGAAGCGCGAGAGCCCGUAUAUGGACUUCUCCGAAGUUGCUGAAGUGAUGGAGAAAAACAGACAUGGUGGUGCAUCAAGCUGGCGAGAAGCGUCGAGAGCACGAGAGCAACAGCGUUUCAGAGCAGCGGGUCUCGUAAAGCCGGACGAAGUUUUGGUACAGGUGCAACGGGAGGGUGGAAGUGGUUCACUGCCGUCAGAAGGCGCCUUAUUCGCUGAAGUGGACUUAGAUGCUUCAAGAGUAGGUUUUUACGAGAUUGUUUCUGCCUUUGCUUUUCCGACGAGUUUGCGUCGUAGCCUUAUGUAA